UAACAUCGAGUAUCAUCGAGUUAAUAGUUAGUUCUUCUUUAUUGAUGGUCUUUAUAAAUCUUCUUAUCAACGAUGAUGAGUGUGUCCACCACAGGAAAAGUGUUAGUAGCGUCAUCGGUGGCGGAACGCCGAAGUUUGUCGCGAAAAUAGUUUCUACUGUUGCUCUCAGUCGGUCAUGCGAAAAAAAGUCGAAAAAAAAACAACAGAAAAUGAUAAAUUUGACAUACUAAGUGUAGUAUUUUAAACCAAAGAAUCGUAUCAACCAUGUAUUUACGAAAAAUAAAGAACAUUUAAUGGAAAAGUAUCGGUGGCGCCAUCUUAGAGAAACAGUCAGAAUUAUUUUUAUUACAAACUUGGACGUUUUCUCACCGAUGGCGCUACUGUACUAAAACACACUACUAUACCAACUGUCCGAUUAUUAAAAACAAUUAGGAAUGGAAACGUAUAAAUUGCUUAUAUAAAAAAGUUUUCAUUUUGUACUAUAUACUCAAAAUUUUUUUAAUAAUACUAACUUUAAUGGGAAAAGCUUUACCAAUCUAUUCAGAUAGAUAUUGUUUUUGUUUGAUGUAAUAUGCAUAUAAAACUGUCAUGGGUCAUAGGUCAUUUUAUAAACAAUUAAAGAAUAUACAGUGGUGUUUAGGAAAGAAAAUUGAAUAUGGCUGAAAAGGGAGCACAUUUAACUGGGACUACACUCAUAAAACCUUCUAUCUUCGAAAUAGUCGCGCAAGAAUCAUUUGCUUCGACCGUUGAACCGGCUUUUAAAAAGAUUAUAUCGUUUAUUUUAUCAUUCAAUUUUGAGAGGUAUGGACACCUUCUUAAAUGGACAGACGAAGGCUACUUGAUUUUCAAUAUAUUUCUCCAACGAUACUAUUUUAAGAAAUAUUCUGCUACCUUUUCUGAGGCAUUUUAUGGAUUAAAACGUGUAGGAAUAACAAAUUCCAAAGUUGGAACUAAUUUAUCGAAAAAUCAACAAAAACUGUCUCUAUUAUUGGUUGUUCUAUUUCCUUACUUAAAGAGUAAGUUUUCAGAGUUGAGUCAGCGUUACAAACUUGAAGAAAUAGAUGGCUAUGAACCACAAACAAAAUGGGAAAAGUUAUAUCGCUAUUGUGUUGUUAAAGGAUAUAUAACAAGCUGUGCGGUAUAUGAAUCUACAAUGUUAUAUAAUUAUAUGCUUUAUGUUGCUGGAAAAUCAGUGUAUCAGUCGCUGCAAUUGAGACUGUUAUCUAUUACUUUAACAUAUGCUGAUCCACAGUCACUAAUUAGCAUUUCCGAUCUAUUAAAGAAGAUACAAAAUAAUUCCUUUGGCAUUAAUGAUGGCAUAGAUAUACUGCAGCGAACAGUAACUACUUCUUUUGAAUUCGGAGCAUUUUUCCUUCAAUUCUUGUCCUGGUGGACUCAAGAAAAUCUCUACACAAAUUUAGUAACAUUACCUAUCCCACCACCUCCAACCAUUCCAGAAACUGCUAAGCAAUAUAAGGGUGUGUGUCCAAUUUGUCUCAGAACACUUAGGGUACAUACGGUGCUUUCUGUAUCUGGUUAUGCGUUUUGCUACCAGUGCAUUCUUCCUGUGAUACGCAAUAAUGGGAGGUGUCCGGUGACGAACUAUCCCGCGAAGGAGGAUGAUUUGAUACGUCUGUAUUUAGAUUAAGCAAUGUGAAUAUAUUUUGUUAUACGAAUAUGAAUGUAAAUAAAGGAGAUUAUUCUUUAAAAAUC